UCACUGAUUUUUUCUGUGGUAGUGUGUAGUUCUGGCUGUUUCCAGGGACCUCCUCUGCCUAACAAACCAUUUAUAACGGUAUGGAACGCACCUACGGAUCGAUGUGAACCAGAGUGGAACGUCUCUUUAGAUCUGAGUGCUUUUGACAUCGUGGUGAACAAAGACCAGAAGUGGUGUGGAGAAUACAUCGUUAUAUUCUACGACACACAACUUGGAUUGUAUCCGUAUUUGGACAGCAAUGGAAAAGCUUUCAACGGUGGUCUACCUCAGGUAGUGGACUUGUUAUUGUAGUAGAGUAACUCUAGGGUGUAGCUAGGGUGUAGGGUUGUUUUUUUGGCUUGCAACUACGUGACAACGUGACAACGGAAAAUUUGAGAAAAAAAAAAAGAAAGAAAUGAAAGGUUAAGAUACAAGCGGUGGGAAACGUUUUUGUUAUUCGUCGACCAACAUAGCAGUCAUGAAGUCAGCUGCAAAUCUGCAGCAGCUAAAAUUGACAAUUCAUUAAUUUCACUAAAAGAAGAAGGCGAGGUUACUACGCACUAAGCUUUUCCCUUUGCAGCUCUACCACCUGGUUAGCUUAGUUGGGAGAGUAGCCUGCAGCUAGUGCAGGCAUAUUUUGGAACGGCAAAAGCUACUUGUUUUAUGUUCUUAUUGUUGUAGCCACAAUCUUUGAUUUUAUGACAGAGGAAGAUUGGGGAGAGCAGAAAAAGUAUCCUUAGGGUAGGUGCUAUCGAACCUCUGGGAGCAAAAACAUUUGCGCAUGCAAAGAAAAUGCCUUCACUACAGGCUAUUGGGAGAGCAUUAGUCUGCCAAUCGAGAGGUCGCGGGUUUAAACCACUCAGGGUCUUUAAAUAACUGAGAAGAAAGUGCUGCCCUUGUAAUGACAUCUGCAAACUGUUAAACUUUCUUCAGAUUAGGACGAAAAACCAUAGGUCCAGUCUCAAGGCACUUUCAUUUAUCUGGUUCGUGUGGGAUGUAAAAGAACCCACACCACUGUUUGAAAAGAGUGAGGGGACAUAGACUCUGGGGGGGGGUGACUAACCUUACCUGGACUAGGUAGGUUAUCUGUAAGGAGAGAUCUUAAUAUAGCAAUUCCUCCUUUAGGAGUCGCAAUGGCUAUGGCUAGUGUAACUGUAUGUAUGUGCCAACUUUAAGGUACACAAUGGCCAUAUUUUUUUUCUUUUUAUGUGAUAGCUUGAAAAUCUUACAGCACACUUAAUAAAAGUACAGCAAGAUGUAGCAAAUGUCAUUCCUGAUAAUGAAUUUCAAGGUAUUGGUGUGAUUGACUGGGAAUUCUGGAGACCUGUGUUUGACAGAAACUGGGAUGAACUCUCCAUCUAUGGGUCUGUCAGAAUUUUGUUUUGUCUUUAAUAAUUGAACACUUUGAUUGUUGAGCCUCUGUAUUGGAUAUUUCCAAAGUAAUCGAAGUUGCGACAAUUGCUGUUGAUGAAGCAAAGAUCUUAGGGAUUAAAGCACCGAUCACAUUGCUAUUCCAAUCAAGACUGGUAAAAAAUCUGCCCAAAAAUAUUAUUGUGCUGCACGAUCAGAGUUUUUGCUUUGUUUACUAAAACUGUUGCUUUCUUGAUUUUGUCGUUUCCAUCGUUGUUGUGGUUGCACUAUAAAAGCUCACCAGUAGCAUUACCAUGCAAAAUAUAUUAUUGAUAUUAUCAAAUAUUUCACCUGAAAAACUGUUAAUAUAAUGGAAAGCACGUGACAAAAUUGGCAUCCGCAGGUACCCAUUUUCAGGGGCUCAUUAAGGGUAUUCUACAUGUCUAAUAUUAAUCUAAGAUAGACUUGGUUGUGUUUCUCUUCAGUCAAGAAUUUCAAUAAUAAUAUGGCAAUUUGUCCAAUUCACGUUUGCCAGUUUGUUUUCACAAAAUCAGAGAAGAUGAAGAUUAAUUUGAAUUUUUGGUGUUGUUGAGAUCUUGUUACUGCAACACCUAAUUCCAGCUCCUUGCCUGAGACCAACUUGCAAGCCUUAAAUGAAUAAUUUAUAGAACUUUAUGAAAGAUUGAUUGAUUGAAUGAAUGAUUUAUUUAUUUAUCUAAAAUCAGAAUCAAUCAUUCAAAAUCAAACUCAUUCAUACAAUCAAUCGAUUUAAUGGAAUGAAUUAAUGAAUGAAUGAAAAGAAAGAAAAUAAUUAUUUAACGAACAAAUUUGUCCUUGUUAAUUCUGGAGUUGGGUAUCAGCAUGUAGGCACUAGCACUUAAAGUGCCCAUCACCUAAAAUUUUUUAUUUUCUUAUCUGAAACUCGGUACCUUAUUAAAAUAACUUCUGCGAAAAAAUUUUGCUAUUUGAACAAAACCCGAUUUUUUUACAAUUUUUUGAAAACGUUCAAAUUAGCCGCCAUUUUACACACCAUUCAUCUCAGUCUUCUCUCGGAGUAUGACGUACUUUAAGGAACACGUGACCUUAUCGACAGGAAAACAUUAAGAGUUCUGAUAGGUUUUUCUUUUUCAGAAAAACUUUCUUCUUACGAAGACAUUGUGUUUCAAUCCUUACUUGAAAUUUAUCUUUUUUGUGUACAGCUGGUGAAGGCAAGGUAAUGCGAGUUCCUUAAUUUACGUCACAUGACGUCAUAUGUGAGCUUGCUAAUUUGCAUGAUCAGCGGCGCGAGUGUACCGCAAAAAUGUAGACUUCAAAAAAUUGUAAAAAAAUCGGCUUUUGUUCAAAUCGCAAAUUUUUUUCGCAGAAGUUAUUUCAAUAAGGUAUAGUUUCAGAUAAGGAAAUAAAAAAUUUUAGGUGAUGGGCACUAUAAGUGAAGUAAACUUCGCCAAAAGUCCUUGUGGGGAUUUUAUGGAUUUCCAAAUUGUUACUUAACAAUGAAAAAGAUGCUGAAAAUUGCAAACAAGUGA